AUGGCUGACACUCAGAACAGAUAUUUCGAAACUGAACUACAACAGCUUGAAUGUCACUUCACCUGGGCCCUGAGUAAAGAUGAUACGGAUCUUACAGACGUCUUAAAUAGACUGGAAGAACAGAUAGAAUUGGACCUGGGAAAGAAGGCAGGUGUUGCACGUUCCUAUAGCCUUAUUGCCUUUGUGAAGUAUCUGCUUGGGUCCUCUCAGGAAGCACUCACCUACUUGCAGAAGUCUGUGGAGCUAACAAAAGAAUGUCAAGGGGAGGACAGUGAGAGGAAUCUUAUUGUCACCUAUGGAGACCUUGCCUGGUUACAUUAUCAUACAGGAGAUUACACACAGUGUGAAAGUUAUCUCGGGAAACUUAAAGACAUCAGAGAAAGAUGUCCAACUAAGUCCACCUCCGACCUUCAUCCUGAAGUGUUAGGAGAGAAAGGCUGGACUUUUUUCAAGUUUUCUCGAAAGUACUAUGACAAAGCCAAGGAGUGCUUUAAGAAGGCCCUGGAACAAGAACCAGAUGAAAGUGAGUGGAACGCUGGCUAUGCCAUAGUUUUGUUCCGCACAGAGAAAGAGAAUUCAAGCCCAGAGGAAUCGCCCACUAUUCAACAACUAAGACGUGCCAUUGAGACAAACCAAGAUGAUGCUGUACUCAAGGUCCUUUUAGCUCUGAAACUGAGUGUGUACAAAAAGUUUAAGGAAGCUGAUGACUUGGUGGAAAAGGCUUUAGAGAUGUCUCCUGACAGCCCACAUGUUAUUCGAUAUGUUGGGAAAUACUUCCGGAAUCAGGGGUCUCUGGACAGGUCCACCGCCCUGCUAAAGAGAGCACUGGACCGUACCCCAAACUCAGCCUUUAUACAUCAUCAGUUAGCUCUCUGCUACAAGAAGAAGAAAAACAAUUUAUACUCUACAGGAAGCCACCACAGCAAAGGAGCUGAGAUACGGCGUGUCCGUGAUCAGUGCAUCUACCAUUUACAAAAAGCAGUCGCACUAAAGUCAUCCUUUGUGUCUGCCAUGAGUGAUCUUGCUCUCCUUUAUGGAGAGAACAAAGAAAUCCAGGAGGCAGAGGACUUGUUUCAAAACACGUUCAAGGUGGCAAAAGAGAAAAAUGAGUCUUUACAAAUUCUCAAUAUUCACUAUGCAGAGUUUCAGCACUAUAGCAACAGAUGUGAGCCACUGGCUGUAAAGCACUACAUGGAAUGUUUAAAGCUUGGAUCUGAUACAUGUGAUGGGAGGAGAAGUGCAAAGAAACUACAGAAGAUUGCAGACAAACGCAUCUCCAGAAACCCAGAAGAUAAACUAGCCCUUGAGAUAUUUGAGUUCAUGCAUAAGGGAAGGCAGGAAAAACGCCAAACUACAGAGGGUUAUGAGAAAGAUGAUAAUGGAGACACUAAUGAGUUCCUCCGUAACCUCUGUGACAGCUUCACCCGUCUUUGA